AUGUGUAGCCUCAGGUUGCAAAGUUUGAACAGGUGUCUCAGAAAGAUACAGCUGGUUGAUCAUUACUUAUUUUCAGUAGGCGAGCAAAUCCCUCCUUCUAAACAAAGCCAGAGAGUUCCACUCGCUUCUGUACCGACUCAUGACCGAAGACAAUUCAAUGGAAACUAUGCAAAACGUGAGUAUCUUUUACAUUAUAUUCCAAAUGAGUAA